UAUACCGUUGCCAGUGCACAGUGCAUGCAGUGCAUGCAGUACACUAGUUCAGUACGAGUCAAGUCAGCGAGAUCUCCCACAUCAUUUCCCCGAGUGCACCCGCGCCAGUCAUCAUCAGUGAGGAGCGACGGUUUUGACUUUGUGUGAUGUAAAUAUGCCAGAAUUCAUCACACUUUCUCCAUAUUCCGCGACAACUAUUUCGUUUGUGCUGUACUGAUUGUUCUAGUGCCAGUAUUGCAUGUCCAUGGUUAUGAUGUUAUGAUUGACACCUGGCUGCCUUGAGGGAUCAUCUUGGAUCUGGGGAACCAGGGGCUGUAAAGAAAGGCGUUAACCAUAUCAAGGGAUUGCAAGGAUUGGUCAGGGUUAUUGCCUUUUGAGGAGGUUCUAGGUCACACUUCAAGACUUCACACAGGUCAUUGGCAAUAUUCAUAGCUUCAUACUGAAGAAAAUUCUCCAGAGCCACAUUGGCUAGGUGAGAUCCCUAAACCACAGAGCAGCUGUCACCAGGUGCUGCCUUGUCAACCAACAACAGUUCAGCCGAGAAAAGCCUCUGUGACCAGCCGUGAAAAAUCUCAUUUCGUAAUCUUGUCUAGCAAGGAUAUCGUCGAUGGAUCAGCGCUGAAUGCAAGUCACGCGCGACUGUUCUGAGAGGAAGAGGAAUUUAUUUGGAUCAAAGCAAUGAUUGCUGAAUUUUGAUUUAGAAUUGUUGGAGUCAGUGUGUUGUUUGUGAGAUUGAUAGACGACAAUCAUGCAUAGAAUGAACGGAUCGCCUAAGAUGGGGACAAGGGUGCAGUGUCCUGGAAGUCCAAAGCUUGUUAGGGAGCGGAGCAGGACUCCACCGAAUCCAAUGAAGGGACAACCCAUGAGCAGCCCCAAGCUGGGCCGAUCCACCAAGGCCCAUAGUUUGGGCAAUAUCCAUGCCAACCACGAACUGAGCAUUGCAGAGCCUCCACCCCCUUUGCAACAUGCAUCAUCAGGACCCAUUCACAUUAGCUCACACAUUCAUGCGCCGCGACCGCAUAAAGCACCGAUGGUAAUGGACCCAAGUGAGACAAUGCCACAUCCAUUAGAUAUCAAAUUGAUGUCAGGAGGCCCACCGAAGGCAGGUGAUGUGACGCAUGUUGGUGCUACUAGGAUACACAGUCUAGGGUAUGGUACAGGAAGUGAAUGCAGCAGGAGCGGUACGCCACCUCAUUGCUUUGACAAUCCUAUGGAAGACAAGGAAGAGAUGAGGCUGAGAGAGUUGGAAGAGGCAAGGGCCAGAGCAGCCCAGAUGGAGAAGACGAUGCGUUGGUGGUCGGACUGUACCGCAAAUUGGAGGGAGAAGUGGGGUAAGGUUCGUGCUGAGCGUAACAAAGCCAGAGAAGAAGUCCGGCAGCUUCGGCUCAAGCUGGAAGCAACCAUGAAAGAAGCGAUAUCACUCAAGCGAGAGAAACAUGGACUUCUGGUAGACAAUGAGCAGUUACGCCUUAAGGUCAAGCAAGGCGGUGGUGCAGGAGACAUUGAAGCCACGCCUAUGGUCAAUGGCAACCAUUCCAAUGAUCUACCAGAGAGGGAUGUUGGUGUGAUGCAGCUUCCUCAGGAGUUAGCUCCGCAGCAGGGAGUGGACUUUGUCGCAGAGAUUAUGCAGUCGCAGGGUGGGCCAUCACAGGAGGUGACCCUCUGCGAUACCAUGAGCCAGACUGAUCUUCCAAUCUGUAGACCCAUGGAGAUCCAGACGUCUCCUGGAUGGGGUGCCGAUGAGACAGCGAGCACCAUCCUAGGGAACAGCUCCUUCAUCCUGGGCAGUGGUCUCCAUGACCUAACCUUGGAGAGCAGGAGAGGGAGCCAAGGCUCCUCGUCUCAUGGCUCCAGGGAUAGCCCAAGCAGGAGAGGCAAGACAAAAGAGAUGCCAUCACCGUCUGAAGAGAAGGCUGAACAGAGGGCUUUCAUGCUACAGAUGAAACUAGAUGAGGCUUCCAAGACUAUCCAGGUUGAGAGGCAAGAGAAGGACAGCCUUCAUCAGUCCAUUAACAAGUUAGAGCAAGAGGUCUCGUCUCUCAAGAUAAGAACAGCAGAUCUUCAAGAGGCAAAGGACGUCGCAGUCAGAGAGGUGCAACUGUUGAAGACGUCCCACCAGCAGGAGCUCGGUAGAAUCAUCAAUGACCUGGAAGAUGAAGCAAGCUCUAGGAAUCACAUGGAUAAGAGGCUCGGUGCUCUACGUAAAGAGCUGGAGAGGCUCCAGGCUGAGAAUGCAGCGGAAUGGGGGAAGAGGGAGCGGCUGGAGACUGAGAAGCUGAACCUGGAGCGGGAGAACAAGAAGCAGAGAUCUGAGAUUGAGGAUCUGAGGGAGACCAUCUCCAUCAGGAGCAAACAGACGACCCUUGAGAUGGAGAAUACCAUCAAGAACACCCAGGAGGAUCUCAAGGCCAAGACUGCGGAGUUGACAGAAUUGAAGCACAACCAUAACAAGAUGAAGAAGCAGCUGACAGACAAGCUUGCUGAGCUGGACCAUACCACCACCAGGUGUCAACAACAUGAAGAAGACGUCAAGAAACUCAGAGUCAGGGUGGAUGAACUUAAAAGAGAUUUAGCAAGGAGAGAGGAUGAGGUGGAUGAGAGGAUUAACUUUGUGAAGAAGCUUCAGAGGAACCUAGAUGAGACCUUACAGCAGAAUGAGAACCUAACCCUUCAAAUAGACCAUCUACAAAACAGACUACGUACUCAGACUUCAAACGUUGGGAUUGCUAAGAAAAGAAUGUCAACUCUCAAAAUGGCUGCCAGUAAAAGUGAUCAGGACUCCUGUUCAGACUGAUCAGGAUCUGGAAUCUGCUUCAUCAAACUGGAGGCUUCUUGGCUAAGAAUCGUGACUUUAAAGAGAGUGUAGCUUGGCAAAUAAUAGUUAACACCAUCUACGACUUCUUUUGGACUUCCGCACGUAAACGAAUGGACUUGAUUAACGGUAGUCAGCGACUUAAUCUCUACAUGGUCAGUGUACGCGAAACAGACCGCAGUUCUCCUCACCCUUCGGUUUCGAGUAUGUUGCACGUACGUGAUUGCUGCGGUCGCGUCGUCCAUAGUCGUAUUAUACCCAGUUAGCCCAGAGACAGGAUACAGGAAAAACACAUAGCCUCGUCAUGCUACACUCCCUUUAAUCCCCAAGAUGACUGGAACAAGUAAUAAUGACUCCUAUUCAGACUGAUCAGAAACAGGAACCUGAACAGUAUAUGUGUUCAUACUGGGGCCUGCUUAUUCAUCCCGACCCUUAAAAUUACUGGUAGUAGUGACUACAAUUCUAUGACUCUAUAAACACAUUCUCCACUAUCAUAUUUCCACCAACAAUUUCCGUCGUGUAGACCAAAACUAAUUCCAAUUCCACAUUCCUCUUGAUUCCAAGAUAUUUUUUCCAUGUCACAGUUUUCAUUCGUAUCGGUUCUUAGGAGUAUGUUGCAAGGACUAUCUAUUGAGAUAAGGUUUCAUCAAAUCAAUGGUGGAAGAUUAUCGGUCUGGAUAUGUUCUACAACAGCAGCUAUUUUGUUUAAGUUUCAUUUGUGCAAAAGUUGAAGGUGCUUUGUAGAUCUGCGAACGGAGAAAAAAAUAGUUCUCCCUUUUGUUGCUUUCUGGGCAUGUAUCUGCCAUAUAUACCAUAAAGGGAAGGUUAAAAAAUAUAUGGAUUUUGGAUUGUGAAUACAACAGUCAUGAAUUGAUGGAGUACAACUCUUAUUCUACUUGUAGAAUUGAUAUGGAAUGCCUUUAAGAAGUCCACUCUGCAUUUUAUUUAAAAACAAAUGAGUAGCACAAUUCUAGGUAUCACAUUAAAAUUACGUAUUUUAUGUUUCAUUCAUUCAUUCUAUAGCAAUUAUUCUUGUUAUGCUCAAAAUGUGAACUAUGUAAAAGAAAAAUAUUCAGAUAUGCAUUCUUAAUAUUUUCACCUUAAAUGUACCUUUGAAUGAAUGACGUCAAGUUUUAGGCGGUCAGGAUGCAAUUUAAAGGAUCUAUAAUUCAUUAACCAAUUAUUAAGUAGGAUACAAGUGGGAAAGUGAACCAUUAACAAGAUUUUCACUUAUUAACGAGACAUCUCCUACUUUUAAACCGAGUACUUAAAGACAUCAAUCAUUUCAUCUAAAUACUCAAGAAUUUAUCCCUUAGAUUUAUUCAUUUGUGUGAAUACAUAUGGUCGAUGAUGAAACUUUUGGGGAAAUUUUGUAUACAUCACUAAAAUAUGUUUAAAAAUUAUCUACGAUGUAGAGUGGAAUCUUGUAAUUGAACAUUCCUUGGUAUUAGAAAAUGAUCAUUUCUUAUUAGAAAAUCUUGGUAUAUCAGGUCUAUAAAA